UUCGGAUGCAGGGAUUGGUCCGCUCGUGCCGGCAGCGAUGCGCGGGCAUCAUCACCGAUUCAUCGGCGCCAAAUGUGACAGUCGAAAAAAAAACGCGACGAGUCGAGCGUGCCUUGCGUGCGGCGCGCACGGGAAGGGCCGUAGACGAAUUAAGUUGCUGGAAGCACUGGCAACGAGCAAAUGCUGCGCUUCGGCUUGCCAUUCCUGAGUUCUAGAAGACCAGACAUCUCACGGCAAGCGAAAGCUGGCAGCUCCUCCUUUCAUUCGAUCCUUCGCGUGGUUUUUCGGAUGCAAAACCGCUUGAGUGUCGAGUGGUAACAACACUGUCAACACAAUCUGCGUGAAUUUUAACGGAGACCAAGUCUCCGUUCGCGCAACUUUUGACAGCAGCGUGACGUGUAUUGAGCUGCGUGGCCCCAAGCACCAAUGCGGGAGUGCUAAGUUGCUGCAUCGACGACAUAGGGACCGGCAGGCGUCGUCGGAACCAGGCGGCGAUGUGGUCUUGUUUCUGGUCGAUGAAUCACAUGCGGCACAGGUCGCACGGUGUUUUGCCCCGAAUCGGCGAGCUUCAGAUUCGCAUAGACGAGCUCUGGCAUCCUAUCAUCGGUGCUGAUGGCCCAAUCACGAUUUCGAAAAGCACCACGCGCGGCAUACGGACAGAUUCAAGGCUGGCCGAUCCCCCGAUCAUACUCAGCGCAAGUAUAAUGACCUGCACAGGGAGCGUGCCGAGGUCGGUUCUACGCUGGCGUUCGGCCGACACGUGCAGAGCCACUUCCGGCGUGUGUUUGCGUGCUCGGCUGGCCAGCGGUCGCCGAAGUCUCGAGGUGUUCAAGCGAACUGCCUCGUCACUUUUUUCCGGACCCGGCAGCUUCAUUCCACAAGUUACCAAGCCGACUUCACAGCAGCAAUGGGCGUGCAACCAGAUUUCUUGCCACGCAUCCAGCGGUCGCAGCCGCAGCCCGCCAAGUCUCCUCGGGGGCUCUCGAAGCGCCCGAGCUUCCGCCGUCAUUCUCACCCCGUGGCCAUCGAGCUGCCCGAAGACGUGCGUGCUCUCAAGCAGAAAAUCCUCGAAACGCAUCCAGCCAAGCUCACGCGCUUCAGCCUGAGCCACAUGCGCCACAUGGCCACCCCGCCAGUGCUCAUUCCGGACACGCUCAAUGACCGCCGUGCCGUGCGCAUGGUCGUGUCCGGCAAGAGCGUCCCGCUCACCAUGCACAUGUGGGAGAACUGCAAGAAGAUAACCAAGCACCUGGACAUGAUCGACGAGUAUGUCACCUACCGGUGAGAAUAACUCCACCCCGCGUCUCGUUCCAGUUGUUAGUCCCUUUCGCCGCCGUCCAUCGGAGACGACGAGUUCAGCGCCGAGAAGUUUUCAGCCACCCUGCCAUAUAGAAAUACAGAUAGAAUGCCAGGUAGCCUAAGCUUGAACAUGACGCACCCAUGCAGUAUUUAUUCAUUCAAGCCCCCUUUAACAGGCGCCGUAGAUUCUUUAUAUUUGUAUUAUCAUUAGUAUUCUAUGCAAACAGAAGACGAAGAGCACGUUCCAGA